AUGACACUUGGAAUUACCGAGGAAUAUGACGAAUUGGGUUCCCUAGUGAGAUCGUGUAGCGGCGAAGUUACUGUUAAUAAAUGCGAAGGAAUUUGCAAUAGUCAAAUUCAACCGUCUGUGGUAACUGCUACAGGUUUUCUUAAGGAAUGCUUUUGCUGUAGGGAGAAUUAUCUCCGGGAACGCGUGGUAACACUUACGCAUUGUUAUGAUCCCGACGGCUUGAGGUUAGAAGACGAAGACAGCGCCACGAUGGAAGUCCGUUUACGAGAACCCGACGAAUGCAAAUGCUACAAAUGCGGAGAUUUCAGUCGA